UAGACCCGAGGCUCGUCGACGAGGGGUACUACACCGGUGGUUAUGUAAUGCCAAUAAACAAUUGUACCAAGUCCCAGGCAAAAAAAUUGACAUUUAACGUGAGGGGUAAAUCGGCAACUGUUCAUGCUGAUACUGAGGAGGACAAUCAAUUUUUUACCAUUGCCCCAGCUUUACCGAUACUGCCUGGUGCACCUGCUCCAUUAAAAUUGACGAAACGUACUUACAGCUCUUUGAAUUCUGCAGGUUCAACGUUCGCCUUCGAAGAUGCCGAGACCGGAGGGUGUGACGUCGUCGCACUGCAACAGGCUGGAGAGGGUAGAUCAGUGGUGGCCUCCAGAACCCCCCAGGAGCGUGAGAAAAAUCCAGACAGAAUCUGUCUCGAUCGUCGAGGUCUCACGACCUUCCCAGACAUCUACGGCGAGCCAAAGCUACGUCUCAUGUCCCUCCAGCACAAUCUUCUUUCGCGAAUCGAGGGUGACAACUUCAUUCAUCUAACAAAACUGGUCUUCCUGGAUCUCUACGACAAUCAGAUCGAGAAAAUCUGCGAUCUCACCCCUUUGGAGAAUCUUCGCGUUCUGCUGAUCGGUAAAAAUCGCAUCAAGAAGAUCGAGGGGUUGAAACCCCUCACGAAACUGGAAGUUCUGGAUCUCCAUGGGAAUCAGAUUGUCCAGGUGUCUGGGCUGGAGGACCUCUCGUCAUUGAAAGUCCUCAAUCUGGCUGGAAACAAUGUGAAGAUCAUUGGCUUCAACGAUUUUCAUGGACUGUCUUCUUUGAAGGAACUCAACUUGAAGAGGAAUAAGAUAAAGAAACUUCUGGGCUUCGGUGAAACUCCACAGCUUCAAAAACUUUAUCUCAGCAAUAAUGACAUUCAGAAGAUUGAGGAUAUGGGGUCUUUGGCGAAGUCUUUACAGAUCCGGGAAGUUACGAUCGAUGGAAAUCCUGUGACGUUGAGUGCGGAUUGCGUUUCUUUUCUGGUGUCUUACUUGCCUAAUCUUCAAGUAUUGUCAACAAUGCAGGUCAACGAACAAGUCCGAAGAGCUGCGAUGGCCUGGCGCACCACAAAAGAGCAAUCAAAUUCAGCCUUUCUUGACCUGAGCACUCAAGUCUGCGUGAACGUACGUCGUGAAGAAGUGAUUACCAAUGCAAAAACCAACUGGGAGCUCCUCCGCUCACAGACAAAAUGCUUCACCAGCAAUUCCACCAAAAUCAAUGGGAUAAAGAACGAGAAAAUCCGAGGACUGAACCUCCAGAAUUCGAGUAAAUUUGACACAGUCAAACUGAAAAGCCUCGAAGAAGCUAAAAGUCAAGGCUUCGGUUCCCUGACUUCCAUCAACGAAAAGGUCGAAGCCAAGAAGAUUCAAUUCAAAAAACGCAGCAGUUCCUCCGACGGACUCUUCAGAUUAGACAACAUUAACAAAGUCAAUGCUCUCGAUUUCAAACUCCCCCCAAUUCUAGUUCCCAUAAUCAAUAAUCUCACUAACAGCAAAAUCAGUGAUGGCCUGAGGAACCCGAAGAGCCUCAUGAUGGACAGCAUGGACAUGACCACUGAUUCUGAGCUCGAAAGCUCUGAAAGUCAUGAGAGCCUCAAAACUGGACUCAGAAGUCAUUUACUAAAGUGUUCGAGAGCUGUCUCUGUCGAUGGAGACAAGUCCCAUGUCUACAAUUACUGCAACGGUCAUUUUAGUGUCAAGAGGGAUGACGGAGGAAAGGGCAAUAUGAAGAUCUUUCGAGCGCAGGUCAAGGCCAAUUCCACUGGGGGAUUUUGCCAUAAAGAUUCCAAGGGAUUUUACAGUCUUUUGGAGGAUGGGAGGGAAGCUGGGGACUUGUUUAGCUUGAGCCAUGCAAAGACCAGCAGUUUGGACAGCAAUAAGUCUGCGAUGGAGAGCAGCAGUAGCUCCACCACCAAAGCUGAUGAUCUUGAAGACUCGGAGGAUGACAGGGGCCGGGUCAAGAGUGCUGGGAUCAAGAAGAUGGUGCAUUAUAAGAAUAAUAGGGCUGCCACUGCUAGGGCUAAACACAGGGCCGUGGCAGUCGCUACACCACCACCAGUAAUUAACACUCCUAAGGAGAAAGAACAGGGUGGUGAUUAUUUGGUGGAAAUUGUUGGACGUUGUUUAAAUGUGUAUGGGCAGGGGGCCUUACGAUUCAUCGACCGACCCUGGGACGCGACAAAAGCCAAUGAUGUCAAUGUAGUUAAAUUCAAUUACGUGCAGUUCAAUGGAAUUGCUACAGUAUUAAACAAAUUGAAGAUUCGGUUUCCGAAUGCUGAACAUUUUAUAUUCAAAGAGACUAAUAUCAGUCAUUUGGGGCAGUUGAAUGCUCUCGCUGAGGUCCAAGGAUUGACUGGCAUUCAGAUCGAGGCUGAGGGGAAUCCCAUUAUUUCUAAGGAUUGGAGGGUUUAUGCUAUUUUCAGGUUGGCGCAUUGGGGACUUAAAAUUAUUAAUGGAAAAGAGAUAACAGAGGGUGAUAUUGAAUCAGCAAAUGAAGAGUAUUCUGGACUGACUGACAUUGUGAUGUGGUCACUGCCAGAGUCGCUGUUGCAGCCUUUACUGCAGAGAUUACACUUGGAAAAAGCCCAGAGACAAAAUGGGGAACAAAUCACUGCCAAACAGUUUUUAUUCAGCAGUGAUCCUGCAUUGAGAAAUGUCGUAGCUAAAGAGGCAUUGCAAUGGCGUCGUGGCAAUGUAACACAGGAGGAUCUUAUUGCUCGUCACAAAGGCAAAGUCCAUCUAUCGAAUUUAAUAGACCAGACAAUCGAUGCUAUCCAAAAAUUACAAAUACUCGAACGCGAAUGGCCAAACGUCCUCAACGAAUUAAUUCGAACGACAUUGAAUGAUUAUUCCCAGAUGAAUUUGUACAUGAAACGUUGUAGUAAAAUACUCGAAGGUGAUAAAUAGAUCCAAUGAAUUUUGUGAUUAAGUGAAUGAAGAAAACACUUUCUGCCAAAAACAAUUGGAAUACAUUAUCAGUAAUACAGAGAAAAUAUUCUCAACUGAUUCACUUAAUCACAAAAUAAUCAUGAAUUAUUGAUUAACUUAGGUACAAAGGAACGAUGAAAACUCCAAGUUACUGUUUUUACACUGAAUAUGUUUAUCACUGUUACUGAUAGUUCAUUUGAUAAAAAAGUAAAGUUUAACUUUGAAGAACGGAGAAGAGAGUUUAAUAUUAAAUACAAUGCAUGACUGGCACGCUGUAUUAGCGGUAAUGGAAGUAUUCACACUGUAAAAGAAUUUUUUAUAAACUAAAGAAAAGAGAAAGUUUAACA